GGCCUAGGUGUGAAUUAAUACUUCGGUGGAAACUAGACCACUGACUGGCAGUGAAUAUCGGAACGCAGCCUGAGAAAGCAUUUUGACAGUGGUUAAUGACAUAAAAUUGUUUUCAUUUCAAAAUUUUUUACAUUUUUUGCUUGUAAUUUUUAAACAAUCCCUGUUUGACAAAUGGAUAUCGGAGAACUAUUAUCUUAUAAACCUCCAAAUACACCGAAACGACCGGCAGCGGGAGAAGAGGAUGACGAAGAUGAUUGGGAGAACCCGAAGAAACCAAAAAGAGUAAUAAAAACUCCAUACCAUGCACGUCAACGGCAGCCCAAAGAAGUUGAAGUAAUAUCAUCCAGGGAUAAUGAACCUCCCACACCUAUCAGGACUACCAUACCCUCAUCAACUCACGAUGUGAUAGAACCGCAACUGACAGAGAAGGAGAAACAAGAUAUAUUAAAAUAUGUAGAAACUGAGGCUCCCGAAGUCGAAGCACUGGAUGAGGCAACACUGAAACGUAUGAUUCUUUUAUUUGAGAAGAGAGGUCUUAGAAAUCAGGAAAUGAGAGUUAAAUUCCCGGAUCAACCAGAGAAAUUUAUGGAAUCUGAGGUGGAAUUGCAUGAAACUCUGCAAGAGCUGCAUAUUGUAGCAACUAAUCCAGAUCUGUAUCAAUUGAUGGUAGAAUUAGGCGCUGUGCCUUCUUUACUUGAAUUAUUAUCUCAUGAAAAUACCGAUAUAGCAGUUGGUGUGGUGGAUCUUCUGCAAGAAUUGACUGAUGUAGAUAUAUUACAUGAGAGUCAAGAAGGUGCAGAUACACUCAUUGAUGCUUUAUUGGAACAACAAGUUUGCGCUCUUCUAGUACAAAAUCUUGAAAGACUUGACGAGGCAGUGAAAGAAGAAAGUGAUGGUGUUUUUAAUACACUUGCUAUUUUUGAAAAUCUUUUGGAGUUUAGACCAGACUUGUGUGCAGAUGCAGGAAAGCAAGGUUUAAUGCAAUGGUUACUACGUCGAAUUAAGACAAAAACACCUUUUGAUGCAAAUAAACUUUAUGCUAGUGAACUUUUGUCUAUACUUUUGCAGCACACACCAGAGAAUAGACUUCUUUUAGGUGACUUAGAUGGAAUUGACGUUUUAUUACAACAAUUAGCUUAUUAUAAGAGACAUGAUCCACAGACUGCAGAGGAACAAGAGAUGAUGGAAAAUUUAUUUAACGUUUUAUGUUCAAGUUUAAUGGCUAUUGUAAAUCGCGAUAGAUUUCUACGUGGUGAAGGUCUUCAACUUAUGAAUUUAAUGUUGAGAGAAAAGAAAAUGUCACGGAAUGGAUCUCUUAAAGUUUUAGAUCAUGCUAUGAAUGGUCCAGAUGGAAAAGAUAAUUGCAGUAAGUUUGUAGAUAUUCUUGGAUUACGAACAAUAUUUCCUCUGUUUAUGAAAACUCCAACAAAAAAUAGAAAAAAGAUGCUUACUGCAGAAGAGCAUGAAGAACAUGUAGUUUCCAUCAUAGCAAGUAUGCUGAGAAAUUGCAAAGGACAACAGCGUCAAAGACUACUUAGUAAAUUUACAGAGAAUGAUUAUGAAAAAGUGGAUCGGUUAAUGGAAUUGCAUUUCAAGUAUCUUGAGAAAGUAGAGGAAGUAGAAAAGAAUGGAAAGGAGGAUGAAGAUGAAGAAGAAUCCUAUUUAAGAAGAUUAGAUGGUGGAUUAUUUAUAUUGCAAUUAGUAGAUUAUGUACUUUUAGAAGCUUGCACUGGCUGUCCACCUGCAGUCAAACAGCGAGUAACAAGAAUCUUGGCACAGAGAAGAGCAUCUCUUAAAACAAUUCGACACAUUAUGAGAGAAUAUGCUGGUAACUUAGGAGAUGUUGGUGAUACAGAAUGGAAAGAAGCAGAACAGCAACAUAUCUUACAAUUAAUUGAUAAAUUUUGAUAUGUAUUUUGUAUGAUAUGUAUAUUGAUGUCAAAAUAUAUCAUUGUAAAUCAUAAUAAGAUUUAGUAACUUUAUAUUGCUAUAUAUAAUGUAUAAUAUAAUAAAGGACAUGUAAUCAUUACACAAAUAUGUAGGUAUGUCAAAAUAGCUAUUAAUUGAGUCUAGCCAGAAAUAAUAUCUUGUCAAAAUCCGAGCGGAAUCAACUGUAUGCGUGUUUCUAUAAAUGCGUAAAUAAAAAUGUAUAUUUUA